AUGUUGUCACCGUCUACCUUCAAGAUGAAGGAAAUAAGGAUAGCAACGAAAGUUGCUUUGCAAAAAUACUUUGACCCCAACCGUGACAAGUUGAGGGUUAAAGCCAUAAGACAUAUAAACAAAGGAGGCAUCCUCGUCGAAAUGGCGACAAAGGAUGACCUCCAGAAGCUCAUUAAGAGCGGAAAAGCUAACGAAAAGGGACUGAAGGUGACAGUCCCUACAAAGAAAAAGCCAAACUUCAAGUCACAAAACGAAGACUUGGCGACAGAUGAAAUAAAGCCGCUGUUUAAAACAGCAAAGGGCAAAAAUUGGGUGGUGGAAACAUCACCCAAAACAAGGGAAGCAAUAUUGAGCAGAGGCAGACUGUUCCUCGGAUGGCACGCCUGUCGCGUACGUGAUUACGUCGUGGCGGGUAGAUGUUUCCGUUGCCAGGCGUUUGGCCACAUUGCCAAACACUGUUGGGCGACGGUUGACACCUGCGGGCAUUGUGCCAAAGAGGGACACUGCUACAAAGAUUGCCCAAAUAAAGAAGAAAAUCCCUCUUGCAUAAACUGCAAGAGGGCCAAGCGUCCACACAACCACCCAUCCAGAAAGGAUGAGUGUCCGCCCUAUAAGAAGGCACUAGAGACCCUAGUCUCGAAAACAGACUACGGGGAUUAA